GAAACAUUUAAUGCAGGGCUCAGACCUUAAGAACACCAGGUGACGCUGUUUAACUCACACCAAAUGUUGCCUGAGGUGGCGGGUUUUUCCUUCUUUCCACGUCCAGUAAUCUGACACCCAGAAAGACUUGGAGGGGAAGGAUGGACCCUUAAAUCGGCUGGGAGGACGGAAGGAAGGAAUAGUCAACCAGAGAGCGAGCAGAAGCUGAAAGCUGCGCACUAUAAAUCAACCUUGGAGGAGCUCCGGAGUGCCUGCGCGUCUCCAAAGACCAGGACCCCUCAUCUCCCCGUCACCCCACCAUCCUUAUUCUUCCUUCAAAUGAUCCCAAAGCGGCAACUUUCACUUUCCCGAGGCGGAUGGGUGACUUUCCACGUUGCAUUGUGAGGAGGAGAUGAUGAAGAAUUUUAGCGGCAGUGCCCAUCACAGCAACAAGACCCCCAACCACAUCAGAGAGCGACACAAGAGGAACCACGGCGCUUUCUCGGCUCUGCUUGUGCGCUUCUCCCUGAGAGGUUAUGGUUUCUGCAUGGCUGCGCUCUUCCUCUUCUGUUUCGGCUCUCUGUUUUACCAGCUGAACGGUGGAGCUCCUAAAAUCCUGCUGGACAUAAGGCAGUAUCUCGGAGAAUCCACAUAUCUGGAUGACCACGGACAUCCUCUUCCUAGAGUGCUCCCGUUCCCCAGUCAGGUGGUUUAUAAUCGUGUGGGGAAGUGCGGCAGCCGGACGGUGGUCAUCUUACUAAGGCUGCUGGCUGAGAAACAUCAAUUCAACUUAGUCUCUUCUGACAUCCAUAAUAAGACACGUCUCACAAAACAUGAGCAGGUGGAUCUGAUGAAGAAUAUCAGUAAAAUCCCACAACCCUUCCUCUACACAAGACAUGUGCACUUCCUGAACUUCACCAGGUUCAGAAUAGAGGAGCCUGUUUACAUCAACAUCAUCCGAGACCCCAUUAACCGGUUCCUCUCCAAUUAUUUCUUUCGUCGCUUCGGAGACUGGAGGGGGGAGCAGAACCACCUGAUACGAACUCCAGGGAUGAAGGAUGAUGAGCGAUAUUUGGAUAUAAAUGUGUGCAUUUUAGAGAAUUACCCAGAGUGCUCCAACCCUCGAGUUUUCUACAUCAUUCCCUACUUCUGUGGACAGCAUCCUCAGUGCAGAGAGCCUGGUGUUUGGGCUUUGGAACGGGCCAAACAGAAUGUUCUGGAUAACUACCUCCUCGUUGGUGUCUUGGAGGAGCUGGAAGAUGUUCUGCUCAUGCUGGAGAGGCUCCUACCUCAUUACUUCUCUGGAGUACUCGACAUCUAUAAGAGCCCCGAAUACAAGAAAGUGGGGAACUUGACGGGCACGGUCCGUAAACACACGCCAUCUUUGGAGGCUCUUCAGGUGCUCUACCAUCGAAUGCGCUACGAGUACGAGUUCUACAACUUCAUCCGGGACCAGUUCCACCUCAUGAAGAAAAAGAUUGGACUCAAGUCCAUCCCCCAGGUUCCCGCCUACUCUCCUGCCUUCCUGCAUGAACUUUCCCUCCGAACCCCGAAACCUCUGGAAGAAGACGAGGAGCUGGACUCGGAUGUAGAGGACGCCAACAGCUGGCUGGUCCAUCCUUGAGGACCUUUCAGACGAUGGAGCCAAAAAUGAAACAGAUUUUUGGCAAAAAUUGUCCAAAGAAAACUCGAUGCAGUCAGCUUUGCCAUUCACGGCAUUUAGAGGAACUGGAAGGACUCUCGACUUACUGACAAAAGACAGAGGGAAAUCACUUCAAGCUCAAGUUUUUAUUUAAGUUUGUCCUGAAGCUUUUCAAGAUAACUAUAGCUGCUGAAUUCUCCGGGAGAGAUCAGAGCAAAAGAGGGACUUCUUAACGUGUUUGGAAAGGUGCUAAAAUUCGAGACAUUCCCUUUAUCAAAGCGCUGAUGUCCCAAAAACUGGAUGGAGCAUGGAUUUUUCUAACAGUGCCAUGAGUGUUGUUUGUAUAUUAGCUGACUUUUGCCAAGUGCCAAACCUCUUUUUUUAUUUCUGGUGACUGUGAGACAAGUCCAAGUAGUGUUCAGUGCGCACCUGGUUGGAGUUGUGCUACAUUAAGUCAGUUGUUGUAUUACUGAUUUAUGACAAAGUAUUAGGUGUAAAUGAGGGUUCAAGCAUAUGCACUCAAUUAUGAAUUCAAAGAAUUCCAACUCGAUGUGCAUGUAUGUCUGAGUAUGAUCGAACCAUCAGAGUAUUUUAGCUCAUUUUAUGAUUUGGGGAAAAAGUCAUUUAUGAAUCAAGAAUGCUAAAAGCAUUUAUGGAGCCUCAGUUUAAUCCAAAGUGAAAAUACUAAACUUGCCAAAUAGCGUACGUUUUUUAGAUGUUUUUCUCUGAGUGUUUGCAACAAAAUGAGCACUUGGGUGACAACUGGAUUUAAAAAAAAAAGCCUUUAAUGUCUGAGUUUAUUAUGCACUGUUACAACAUUUUUGAUGAGUAUUAUUCAUGAACGCAUUUUUUAAAUGCUAACAUUUGCUCACAUCAUUCUCCAGAAGCUACCCAAAGUGCAAUUUCCUCAUGAGUCACGUAAAAGUCACGUAGCGUCGUAACCAUAAGCUAAAGUGUGAUUACUCCUAAUCUCCACUGCCUUUACUUUCGUCAUUGUAAAAUCUGUCUUCAGUGAUUUAUGUCAGUUUAAUUUAUUGUUUUGUACUCAAAUUGAUUUCGAGAUGAAAUUCUCAGGAAGAAAAAUGACAUUUGCCAACUUUAUCAUUGUUUUGAGGGGUCUGGUGGCUGUUCAAAAGGGUUUUAUGUUAACAACUGGUUUAAAAACAGAUGCAUUCCAUCAUUCAAUGUCCUCAAAAUAAAUGUCUUCUAACUAUUGCA